AUGAACGGGUACGGCGCUCAAGCUGCCUCGGCUUGGCAGGAGCAUCACACUCCUGACGGCCGGGCCUAUUACUACAAUAGUUCAACCAAGGUGACUCAGUGGACUAAGCCUGAGGAUCUUAUGACGCCUGCAGAGCGUGCUCUUUCAAGUCAACCAUGGAAGGAAUACACAGCAGAAGGCGGCCGAAAAUAUUGGUACAAUACCGAGACGAAGCAAAGCUCGUGGGAGAUGCCUGAUGUCUAUAGGAAUGCGCUUGGGCAGAGUGGUGGUCAGCCAAGCUAUGGUCAGAACGGAGGCCACUCCCACGGCGGCUACGAACAUCCCCGCGAAAGUCGAGAUCAUCGUGAAUACUCCGGUCCUGAUUCGCGCCAGGGAGGCUACGGUAAUGAUUCCAAGGCUCCGGCCUUCAUUCCUGCCGCCAGUGACGAACCCGAGUUCGCGUCCCCGGAAGAGGCAGAGGCUGCAUUCAUGAAAUUGCUGAAGCGCAGCGGCGUACAACCGGACUGGACCUGGAGCGAUGCUAUACGAGCCAUCAUUAAAGAUCCGCAGUACCGAUCAAUCCGGGACCCGAAAGGCCGACGAGAUGCAUUCGACAAAUACUGCCAGGAUAUGAUCGUUCAGGAUAAGGAGCGCGCAGAGGAGCGCAUGGCCAAACUUCGCGCCGACUUCGAGACCAUGCUUAGGCGACAUCCCGAGAUCGUUCACUACACUCGCUGGAAGACAGCUCGGCCCAUGAUUGAGGGUGAGACGAUCUUCCGCUCGACAAAUAAUGAAGAGGAACGCAGACAACUGUUCGAGGAAUAUGUUGUGGGGCUGAAGAAGGCUCACAAGGAGAAAGAGACAAAAGACCACCAGAAUGCUCUUGAGGCGCUCAAAGAUCUCCUUCCAAAGCUCAACAUCAAGGCCUACACCCGGUGGAGUGAGGCUCAAGAUGUCAUCUCUGCGGCGUUCCAAAACGACGAAAAAUACCAGGCUCUCACCAAAUAUGAUACAUUAAUCACCUUCCAGGACCACAUCAAAUCUCUUGAGCGUGCUUUAAACGAGAAAAAGCAGCACGAGAAGAAGAUGAAGUACCGAAGAGAGCGCAAAGCUCGGGAUGCAUUCAAGUCACUUCUCUCCGAGCUUCGACAAGACGGUAUAAUCAAGCCCGGUGUCAAAUGGAGCAACAUUCAUCCGAAACUGGAGCGAGACGAGCGAUACACGAAUAUGUUGGGUCAUGAUGGUUCUACACCGCAGGAGCUUUUCUGGGAUGUUGUCGAGGAAGAAGAGCGGUCCCUUCGGGGACCGAGAAAUGAUGUUCUAGAUGUUCUUGAAGACAAACGGUUUGAGCUCACCCCAACGAGCGAUCUCCAAGAGUUUCUGUCUAUUAUGAAGGAUGAUCGACGUACUGCUAACAUUGAUAAUGACAUCUUGCAACUGAUUUUUGAACGGCUCCGCGAAAAACGCGCUGCCAAGCGGGACGAUGACAAACAAUCUGAUCGGCAACAACGACGCGCCGUUGAAGAUUUACGAGCACUCUUGAAACGUCUUGAUCCACCCAUUGUGUCGGGUGACACAUUUGAAAAGGUACGACCUCGACUACUGAAAACAGAAGAGUUCCAGGCCGUCAUUUCCGAAGACCUCCGAAGAGGCGCUUUUGAUAAGCACAUGAGGCGACUUCGAGAAAGGGAAGAGGAUGACGCCGAUCGUGGCCAUAGGCGAGGAAGCCGUGUCUCUACUGAGCGCGAGGCUUUCCGUCGUGAAAGGGACCGGUCUAGAGGUGAGAGAUCUCAACGUGGUACCCGUCCUGUAAGGCGCAGUCGUAGCCCAGAGCAGGACCCGUAUGAAGCCGAUCGGCGCAAAGCCAUCGCAGAAAGAGAACGAAACCAUCGCAAGUCAACCAUGGCAGAAAAUCUUUUGGCCAGCGACCGCGGGGGCCGAUUGUCUCCGCCACCGCGACGAGAACGGGAACGGGAGCGUGACAGAGAUCGUCAUGCUGAUCGUGAUCGCUAUCGCGACCGUGACUCUGGCCGCGACCGGGAAAGGGAACGAGACCGAGACCUUGACCGGCCGCCUCGUUCACGACGUGAUGACGACGGCCACUAUGAUCGUGAGCGAAGGGACAGAGAGGAUGAACGGGAGCGGCUGUACCGCCGCCGUAUUGAUCGAGAUGAGCGACCGUCAGGUUCACGACGUCGGCGACAAGAUGACGAUGACGACAAGUCGCGAAGAGACUCAAGAGACUCAAAGAGACUCAAGAGAGACCGAUCACGCGAACGAUCCCCAGCCCGUGAAGCGCGCACACGUCCAAAGACUCCACCGGCUCCUGCCAAGGAGGUUGUCAGAAGCGGUAGUGAGGAGGGUGAAAUUGAAGAAUAA